UAAUGACUGAAGAAAAUGUUUCACUGAUUAUUUUUACUUCAACUCAGACUUCAGGUUUACAGUUGAGAUGUUCCUCCAGAUGCAUAUUAUUAGAAAGACACACCACCGUUUAAAUGCAUCGUGUCAUAAACUUUACUCAAUUACUUACUUUAAGGAACACUUUUUUGUCAUGAUCCAUUAAAAAAUAGUGAAUAUUUACUCCAUUUGCUUAAUUGUGAAGGAAUUCUCAAAAACAUAAUUUUACCAGACAGUCGCAGACAAAAUGGCUGAGGUCUGUUCUCGCAUCGUUUGUUUACAUUUCGAGGCAGGACCUGGCCCCUGGAACUGGUGGCUCUCUGGCACCACAACAAGUGCAUUGUCGUGGUGUGGCCAUUGGACCGUGGUCAACUUGUUGUUGGAACAUUUUGAUUUACUCUUCCCUACAAGACUUUGAAAUCAUGGCUUCAGAUGUGAUGUAAAGAGAUAACCGUGCUGUUACUAUGGUGAUGUCUGAUAUUUCUUAAUUAACAAUCUAGGCAUUUUGAGCGAAACUCUCAUCCGAGGAAUGGAAGUGUCUCGUCUUGUAAAAAAGUAACCAGUCAAAGACGAAGUCAGCUGAAAUCAAACUUUGGCAAGACAAAGUACAACACAACCUCUUUUUUGUGAAAGAAGCUAAUGAACAGAGAAACUUUCCUGGUGAGAUCCCUCCGUAGCCUAUUGUCUGGAACGUAACCUCUAGAUCUAGAUCAUUGAAGUGUAAUUAAUAGUUCAACUUCAACUCAAUUUUUACUUCUGAGCGGGUCUAAUCAGGCAAUGAUUCAGGCAGGCCAACAAUGUGAAUACAGACUGUUUUUUGUGUAUUUUAACGUGUUCCGUGCAAUAAAGAGCAAGUGUGCACUCAUUUUCCUGAUCUGAUCACCCUACUAUGUAUGAAAUUGUUUGUUAUACCAUCGUUGACCUCAAUCAAUAAAAAUACUGCUUUGACACUAACUGAGCAUCCUACAAAUGGAGAGGUCAAGACAACUCUACUGUGCUUGUGAGCAGGGAGAUACAGACUGUGUCCAGGCGUUGCUCGAGGAUGGAUGCGAAGUUGAUUGUGUACUAGAUGAUGAGGAAAACACUGCUCUCCAGGUUGCUGCAGCAAAUGGAAGUGAACAAGUGGUCAGAUUACUGAUCAUGAGAGGAGCUGGCUUGGAUAAGUCUAACAUAUUUGGAUGGACUCCGCUUCUGCAAGCUGCUAGGUAUGGUCACACCAACAUUGUGGCGUUAUUGAGCCAACAUCAAGCAGACCUGCACGCUAAAACAAGGUAUGGGGCUUCUGCCAUGACCUUAGCAGCCAAGGGCGGUCACAUGCAGACAGUGAAACUGCUCAUCGACUCUGGCGUUGACGUGAAUGGCAUCGGGGACGGCUGUGAGUUCUCUCCUCUGUUACUGGCUGCCCAGCACGGGCACGAUGCGGUUCUGCGAGUGUUUCUCGACAGGGGCUGCGACGUGAACUUCUACACGCCCUCCACUGGCCUCACCCCGUUGAUGACGGCUGCUCUCAAUGGUCAUAUGACCACGGCUCAAAUUAUUAUCGAGAGAGGAGGUGACCCAAAUGUGAUGAACGUUUGCGAAAACACUGCCCUUGAAAUAGCCACUGUCAGAGACAAGCGGGAGGUUUCAGGAUACCUGGAUAGGAAAACUACAAACAAGCCGAAAACCUCACCUGGUGACAUAAAGCCUGAUAUCAUCGAGGCAGCCAAACUCGGUGACUUUCUGCGAGUGUGUGAGAUCCUGGAGCAGGACACGUGUCAGAAGGAUGCGCACUCGCCUCAGGACGGAGCCACGCCCCUCAUGUUUGCCGCCAUGACGGGAAGACUAGACAUCGCAGAGCUACUGGUCAUGAAAGGUUGUGAUGUGAAUAAGCAGGAUUUGAUCAGUGGCUGGACGGCUCUUAUGCAGGCUACUUAUCACGGAAAGAAAAAUGUGGCUAUGUUUCUUCUCUCAAUCGGUGCUGAUGUAAAUAUCCAAGCUAAGAAUGGCUGUACUGCAUUUGACAUGGCUUCACUCAUUGAUGAUGUUGACACAGAGCUUCUGCGACAACUUGCUGCAAAGGCCAUGCAAGUGGCAAAAGUGGAGAAAAGUAAGAAGUCAAGGUCCAAAACAAAUGAAGUCACCGCAGCCGUACCUAGUGACAUGAAUGUGGAGGUUGACAGUCCAAAGAGUGGGUUGAAGGGCUGGUGGAAUCGAAUGUCGAACCGCUUCAGAAAUCUCAAAUUGGGGAGAACAUUCACAGGAGGAAAUCGUCUUACACCACUGGGUCUUGAGACGUCUGCUUCUGUGCCAGACCUGACCUUGAAAAAUUGUACCUCACCUCAGAUACAGUCUGCCAGACUUGAACGCAAAACCUUUCAGGAACCCAACCAGACGUCCAUGUCAAUGACAAGCUACGACACCAUGCUGCAGGAGACAAAGCAAAGUGCUUCGCUGUAUACUCUAGACAUUAUCUCGCCCCGGUCCAACGUGUCGAGCGAGACGCUCAAGCCUGUGAUCCCGCCCUUCUUGCCAUCGCCGAGUUUCGCCCUCGACAACUCGGACAGCUCUCACAGGCUCACCCCCAAAUUCAGAACGUACAAGUCAGGGGAGGAAGCUUAUAGAUCCAGCGUGAUGAUGCGCCCCAUCAAAGUCCAGAGCAUUUCUUCAGCAAGCUCCAACCCUGCCCUGGGCCCACCCAGCAGCACCAACUACAACAGCAGCAGCAGCAGCAGCCACAACCUGGCCAGCGGCAAUGACAACAACAGCCCCAGCUCCUCCGGCGGCAGCAGCAGCAUCACUGCCCUACAGACCAAGAUGGCCGCCCAUAGGAAGUACGCAGUGCUAGGCAAGACACGGCCCAAUGACUCGGCGAGUGGCAGCUCUGAUCUAGGCCAGGGUCCACUGUUUAUCCCCAACCCGAACAUUCCAACUCCCAGGUUCUCCCCCUUUGUUCCUCAUCACACCCCGUCCCGUCUCUUCAUGCCUCGGAAAUCGGCCACGGUGCCCUCAGCCUUCCGCACCAUGUCCAACACAACGUCCCCCAACAGCUCUACCAGCGGCAGUUCUUCCAUCACCCCCCAGAGGUCAUCCAGAGGUCGUAGCACCUCAUCCAAGGGAAGCACCACCUCCACCCUCACCCCGUCACCUUCACCAACACCGGGCAAGCACGGUGAAGAUGCUCCUCAGACUCUGGACAGUUUACAGGAAAGGGAUGGGCCUGAUGAUGAGUUGGCCAGUAUCAUGAAGAAGUUGUCACUUGAAAAGUACAACCCUAUCUUUGAGGAGCAGGAGGUUGACAUGGAAGCUUUCCUUACCCUCACUGAUGAAGAUCUGCGAGAACUCGGCAUCGCUCACCCCGACUCUCGCCGCCAGAUCCUGGCCGCCAUAUAUGACCUCAGGGCAGGAAAGGGUCGAGAGAGACAGCAGUUUGUGGAUUCCAUGUCAACAUUCAACUCAACGCUGAAGGCAAGGGCAACCACAGAAGGUUCAGAGACCACGGCAAUGUCUCAAUGGAGCAUACAGGAUGAGGCAGACCCUCACGUCCCCAUGUCCAAAUCCAGGAUGUCUUGACACAAACAGAUUAUUUCUUCACCCCUCAUAGUUAUAGCCUGAUCACCAGGUUCUGUUACCUGAAGAUUAGUUUCUGCCUUUCAUAUUAGAUUAACCUUCCUAGUGUUGAUGGUCGAUUAGUGGUGUCAGUGGCCCAGUGGUUAGACUACCAGACUUGAAUCAUGAGGUUGUGGGUUCGGGAGUUCGAGCUGCGGGCCCGACGUUGU